AUGGAUGUUAUAGAAAAGGAGACACCAACAGCAGCUGCAGCAGCAGCAACAGCAGCAGCAGCAGCAGCAAAAGGGACAUCAACAGCAGGAGGAGGAGGAGAGGGAGAACAAAAGGAGACACCUAUUGAGGGAGGAGACAGUUGUAUAGAUGCAGAUACACCUGAAGGAAAUAAGACACAAGACACAUCUUCUUCUACCACCCCACAACAGCAGCAACAGCAACAGCAGCAGCAGCAGCAGCAGCAGCAUCAAGAAAAAGAAAAAGAAGAAAAAGAAGAAAAAGAGAAGGAAGAUAAAGGUAAAAAAGAGAAAGAUAAAGAUAAGAAAGAAGAAGAAGAAAAAGAAAAAGAAGAACAAGAAGAAGAAGAACAAUAUAUAUCAUUAUCCUCUAUACCUAUUAGCUCCCUAUACACCUCAGAUAUAUCCUCUCUCCCCUCCUCUCUCUCCCUCCCUCCUGGUGUUCGUGUCGAGGUUGAAUUCCCAACAGAAUUCCAUUCAUUUAUGGAGAUAGAUAGGAUAAGAAUUGCAUCUAAGAAACAUAUACAGCAUGCAUUAUUCCAGCUUACUCUUUAUGCACAAUUAUUACAUAGGCCUCUAGAUUUUUCUGCAAUAAAUUUAGCACAAAAUGCUACAAAUCUAUAUUGGAAUCUAAGCCGAUUUGAUUCAGGAGGGCGUCCAUUUUCUUUAUUGUCUCCUUCCCAGCGUCGUAUAUUAUAUUUAUAUUUUUUACAGAAUAAUUUUCAUGCAAAUAUACAAAUAAAAAAAAUUGCAGGAAAAGGGAGAGCUGUACUUGCUGCUGAUCUAAUCAGGAAAGAUGAUUUUGUUAUAGAGUAUAAGGGAGAAUUAUGUUCAGAGAGGGAAGCAAGAGAGAGGGAUAUAAGAUAUGAUAGAUCUAGAUGCUCCAAGGGGAGUUUUAUGUUUUAUUUUAAAUAUAAAGAUAGACAAAUGAGUAUUGAUGCAACAGAUGAAAGAUUAGAGUUUGGCCCCGCUAGAUUAAUUAAUCAUUCAAGAAAAAAUCCUAAUCUUAAACCUAAGGCGGAGGCAGUAGAUGGGGAUGGUAACGACUUGCGGCUCUUCUUUGUUGCCCUUAGGGAUAUUCAUGAAGGGGAGGAACUUCUUGUUGACUAUGGAGAGAGGGACCCUGAGGCCCUGAAGCAAAACCCUUGGCUUAAUGAGUAG